AUGCCUCUGCCAUCGCCUCUCUCACCUCGUUCAGCUGCCGUCGAGCCAGGGUCAGCUGCCCCAUCGCCUGUGGUGGCGCUCUUCUCUUCAUCUUCACACAACGACUCCGUAACAAGCAACUUCGCUUUGACCAGUCCAACCUGGGCCCCCGCAAAUCACUCCCUCUGCCGCCGCAACAGCCUCGCCACACCAGUCACAUCUCCUCAACAAGCUUCGUUCUUGGUGCGCACGCCUGAGCAAGCAUACUUCCAGAGACCUCCCAUGAGUUCAAACUCAUGCGCAGAUGGUCGCCAGAGUCGCCUUUCCUUACGCAGCAGCGCUGGCAUUGACCGUGUCCUCGCUCUCCCUCUGCGCAUCGAUACAAGCUUCUACGAUCCCCCCUCACAGGACGAAGACGUGCCGCCUUCAACAGCCUUGUUUCGUAGUGAGAAGAUGGACUGGACACCGGACUCGCUGUCAUCGCCGCCGUCACGGUCGCCACGGUUAUCUCACACCGACAACCAUACCCGUAGCCGCAGCCGCAGCCGGAGCUUGAGCACUAAGGCCAUCGGUAGCGGAAGAUCACAGCCUCUCUCUUCCACAUCUCCACGCUCACCUAUCCGCAAACGCCAACAGCGGUCGGCACGUCCUCACUUGUCCUCCCUCGUCCUCCCACCGCCACCACGGUACCACGUCAUCGUAUCAGAUCACGCGCUAUCGCCCGACUCUCUCCGCGCAAGGAUCCAGUACGUGCAAAGUGUCCAACACCUGCGCGCCCCGCUUGUGCCACUGAUCUCCGUGAGCACCGGCCUUCCACACCCCUCGUUCCCCACGAAUCUACUGCAAUACCACCUCCUCACGCACGACCAGCUGGACAGUCUCGCGAGAUGGUACCACCAAGUCACUCCCGCCGUGGACGAGACGUUCAUGUACCCUGGUUGGAUCCCCGCAUGGACGUCUCUCGACGAGGAGGACGGAAGUGGAGCGUCGGUUCGGAACAACGUCGUGCUAGACAACGUAGCGGGCGAAGGUGAAGGUGUGCGCGAGGGGGGAGUGGAUCUCGAAACCAAGAGGCGUCGAUUCGGGAGGUUCAUCGGCUUAAGGGGCUGCGAGAGUCCAGUGCCUAGUGGUCCCGAGGACGAGACGCCCAGUGAGUUGGCGAGACGCAUGGAGCGCGAGUGGAGGCGCGCUUUGGAAAAGGCAGAGGACGAUGAGAGGAUGUGGGAGAAGAGUUGGAGGGGAAGGUGGUAG